UAAACCAGUCCGGGGCUUUUUCUUGCGAGGUGCCAGUUUCUCUUUCUGUGAUCAAAAAUGCCAAAUGUUCCACCGUGGGAUGUAAUUAGGUCUUCAUAUAUGAGAAAAUAUUUUCACCUCAAAGCAUCAGAAUAAAAAUGGUUUUUUUUUUAGUGUCACUGGACAAAAGGACACAAACAUCUACACACUAUAGAAAUGGAACUAAACUUUAACAUUUACAAGAACACCCACUCAAAAAGUUAUAUCCUUACCUGCCCCCCUCCCCAUUUGUUCUGAUCUGGCUCCACCCCCUUUUGGCUGUUAAGACCCCACCCUUUCUUCAAUGACCAAUCAAGUUCAAGUCUCAGGGGGUUACUGGAUAGAGAUCCCUGAUAUAUUUGACUUCAGUGUUAGUACACCUGAAAGCAGCACUUUAUCUCAGACUCUCUGUGUUGGUCUUAACAUAACCAGGAGGACACAGAAACAUGCAACACACAUCAGACUCCAAAUUAAAUAUGAACAUGCCCCGGUCUCCUCCAGCAGCUGACUCAUACCAGCAGGGCUGCAUCAGGAUGAGGCUAGAGAACGCUGAUCUGUGGAAAUCCUUUGACAACAUCGGAACAGAGAUGAUCAUAACAAAGCACGGCAGGAGAAUGUUUCCACACUGCAGCAUCAGUGUCUCUGGACUCCAACCUUUUGCAAAUUACGUCAUCAUGGUGGACAUGGUUCCUGUAGAGAGCUUCAAAUACAAGUGGAAGAAGGAGCAGUGGGAGAUUGCAGGAAAGGCUGAGCCCCAGCCCCCAUGUCGGACAUACAUGCACCCAGACUCCCCAGCCCCAGGAAGCCACUGGAUGAAGCAGUCGUUGUCCUUUCUCAAGCUGAAGCUCACUAACAACACCUUAGACCAAUACGGCCAUAUCAUCCUGCACUCUAUGCAUCGCUACUACCCACGGUUUCACAUCGCCCAGACAGACAGUCCUUACACCGUCCGCUGGGGCCCAUUUCAGACCUUCUCCUUCCCAGAGACCACCUUCACUGCAGUUACCGCUUACCAAAACCAAAAGAUCACAAAAUUGAAGAUUGACAACAACCCAUUCGCUAAAGGAUUUCGGGAGGGAGGCACGCACUCCCACAGUAAAAGAUGUCGAUCAAGUGGAAGCCCUCCUGCAAAAAGAGCCACACUAGAGAGAAAAGCUCUUUCCAACAGUCCUCCAAGCCUGCAGAGGAUGCCCUCCACCUCUCAGUCAGUGCUGGCAGAGAAGAACCAGGUGCCCACACAGCAGUCAGUGAAGGGGGGUGACCUUCCACGCUGGGCUUUGGAGCAGGACCCUUCUGAGAGUCUCCAUGCUGAGCCCCUGGAGCUUCAUGAGAACGACUACGGCUGUGAAGAACAGAUGGUUCCUGCCUCUGUGCCUUACCAGCCCUACAGAUCAUUUGAGUACAUCAGAUAUCCACUGCCUCCCAAUGACAUCGAUGGACCACACAACCCCCCCCACCCUCCAACUCAUCCACUUACCGUAGCUGAACACAACGUCCAACAACAUGGCUACUACAACCCUCAUCACCACCACAACCAUGCAGCAGACUGGAGCCAGUACCCACUCUUCUCCUACUCCUGCUGGUGAGCUUUGGCCCACUGCAAUGUCGAUGUCAUUGAUUCAGAAUCAGCUCCGCACCGAUGUGGAUCCACACCAGCUUUGGAGGGAACAAAACGGACCAGAAAGGGACUCACACAGGAACUCCAGUCGUUCGUGUGUAACGUGUAUAAUUGUGUACAAAGUAUACUUCUUAAAGCUUAAAAAGUGUAUGCGGAGGGGUCACUUUUGUCUGUAUCACAGGACAAAAAAAAAGUCCUUUGCAUAUGAAGUGAAUAUGUCCUGUCCUUGUAUAUCCCUGAAUACACACAGCUUAACUCUGCACAGGUGUGUGUGUUAAAGAAGAUGAUUGUGUUUGAAAACAGAGUAUACUGCAAACACUGUGAUAUAUAUCCAGUCAACUGGGAAAUAAAUGUGAUAUUAAAUCAGCAGGUGUGAGUGAAGGAUACCUAUAUACUGCAUCAUACCUUUAAUAAGACGUACAACAUCAUGUUGGUGUAUCAACGGGUUUCUUCUAUUGAUUCAGUCUUCAUAAACAACAGACAAAUGAAAUUGCUUAAAACUCAUACAGUUAUCCAAAUGAAAAGAAUGUAGGCAUUCAACACCGUCCUGUCUGACAUAUAUACUGUAUAUAUCCUAAGAGCAUCAGAGGAGUCAUAAUUUGUUAAAAGUUGUACCUGCAUAUGUGUAUUUUGAUUAAAAAAAAUAGAAAGUCCAAGCUGAUGUAAUGAAUAUGGCAAAGGCUCUGCUGAUUAAUUGAGCUACAAGCCACUGCAUUCAUUCAUUUCAUUUGUUAUUUAGAAAGUCAGCGAUAUGCUACUCACACACCCAGGCCUGCAACACACACAUCCACAAACUGGAAACUUUGGAAAUGCAACAACGGGGGAGACCAGAGCAAUUAGGGUUUCUGUGCCUUGCUCAAGGGCGCCCAGCAGUACUCAGGAAAGGAACUGCAACUCUCCUGCAACCAGACCAGAUUUCCAUACCGGGACAUGAUCUGACUUUAGCGACAUUUGCAAAGCCAUUUUCACCUCCGUGUAGCGGCACAAGCAGACAAGUAGAUUUUUAAGAGAUGCUACCAAAUUAUCAUCCUAACAUGCUCUCAACGACAAUGCUAACUGCCAAUGUUAAUCAGAUACAGGCUA